AACUACGAAAAACCUCGUCGGUGUCGCUGCUGGAGAUUAAUCGGAUCGGACGCGACUAUUAACGAGUCAUAAAAUACCUUAGUUCUCAUAACUGAUGUAUAAGUUUAUUUAGUGUUUGUCAGGCGGAACCCGAGAUCUGGAGCGCAGCGAUCCAGCCGGACGCGUUCAAAGCAGAAUAAACAGUGUAUGGUGUGAUUUUAUUUAAAUUAAAGCUGCAGGAUUAUGUUCAAAAACACAUUCCAGAGCGGAUUCCUGUCCAUCCUCUACAGUAUCGGCAGCAAACCUCUGCAGAUCUGGGACAAGAAGGUCAGAAACGGACACAUCAAACGCAUCACAGACAAUGACAUCCAGUCUCUGGUGCUGGAGGUGGAGGGAACGAACGUCAGCACCACCUACAUCACGUGUCCCGCAGACCCCAAGAAAACCCUCGGCAUCAAACUGCCCUUCCUCGUCAUGAUCAUCAAGAACCUCAAGAAGUAUUUCACAUUCGAAGUUCAGGUGCUGGAUGAUAAGAACGUGCGGCGGAGGUUCAGGGCGAGUAACUAUCAGAGCACGACCCGCGUGAAGCCCUUCAUCUGUACGAUGCCCAUGAGGCUCGACGACGGCUGGAACCAGAUCCAGUUCAACCUGUCAGACUUCACCCGCCGAGCGUACGGCACCAACUACAUCGAGACCCUGAGAGUGCAGAUCCACGCGAACUGUCGCAUCCGGAGGGUUUACUUCUCUGACCGGCUGUACUCCGAGGACGAGCUCCCCGCUGAAUUUAAACUCUAUUUACCCGUACAAAACAAAGCAAAGCAGUGAAGGAGCAGAAUGGAUUCCUUCGUUUUAUCUGCACAUGUUCAUACUGGACGGAUUUCUAGUGGCCCAAUCUUUUUGUUGUUCUUCAAGUGUUGUUUUGGAUCUGUGUGAUUGGUUUCCAUCUGCUAAAUAAAUAUUUUAUAUGCACAAA